UAGUAUAGAUUGUUAUAGAUAUUGUGUGCAUCGCUAGAAGAAUAUCGCUCGUUAAAUAGUUACUCUAAAAAAUAUGGCAGGAUUAUGAAUCGCCAGUAAUCUGUUUAGACGCAAAAACAUAAAGUAACCAUAGCAACUAAAAUACAAACAAUUUUUGAAUGUCAAGGUAAUUAAACCACCACUCACCACUCUAGCGUAAUUUAGUUACCUAUUGGCUAGGUCAAAGAGGGCUAGGUGUUUAAAAAGUUGGUGUAUUUUAGUUGGACCAUUGCAGUUAACUGCAGUAUUCAGUUAAGAUACUUACUAUGGAAAACUUCGAUAACAAUGCAUGGGUCUUCGACUCCCUUGUUGGAUUCUUGCAUGGUCCUGUUUGGAAUAUACCACUACAAACAUUUAUUGAAGAAAAAUCAUUGCCUUUCGAGCCUACUGAAGACGGAGAUGUUCUAGAUAGACCAGAAUAUAAAAAGAUACAUAAUGAGUACCGCAACUUGGUAGACGUAAUGCUGGGUUCCUUCAUGGAUGAUAUUGGUAUAUCAGCUGAUCAGUUCGAAGCAGCGUGUCGUUUGUCCGCACACGACCUGGCCGGGCUACCUGCUUAUUUUCACAAACGACUGUUCGAACAAAUCUGGGCAGCUAACGAUUACGAAAUGUUUGUCAAAAUGAUGACCCACAAAAAUGUUGAGCUGCAGCUACAGGCAUUGGAGCUAAUUGAAAAGCGUUUUGGUACGGUGCCAAAUGUUUUUACGUCUGAACCUGAAGAUUUAGAUUCUUCGCACAGCGAUGAAAAUUCAGACUGGCCAGACAAUGAUGACGUCAUGACGGAAAUAAAGAAGUUACAGUAUGAUGAUUUCCCUGAAAAAGACGAAAUAAUCACAGUUGCCCCAGAAGCAGUUGUAGCCGAAAAACAAACAUUACUGUCUAAAUUGCAACACAUUGAAAAAAAGGACGAGGAAAUUGUGACCAAGCUGGACAGGUUGAAUAUAAAAGAAGAAAAAGUUGUAAUUCCAAAAAAGGUUGCAGUAAGCGAAGAAGAAAUUCAAGCUCGACAAGAGUACUUGAAGCAGCAGCGUGACAAACUUCUAGCGCUAAAGAAACAAGUCAGAGAGAAGAGACUAGAUGCUGUGCAAAAUGAAACAGAUGUUGGAGGUGAAAGCUCUCGCCAAUACGCCCCAAGGCCGAAGUCUGCCCGCGCAGCUCAAGCGGCACUUGCCGGCACCACACCUCCACCGCCGCCUGAUGCGAUGCAGUUGAGGAGGGCACUUGCCUCCAAACUGAGGACCGAAGUCGUUGAUAUCAAACAAUAA